AUGGACCCAGUAACCGCAGAGCGGCUCCAGAAGCUGCAAAUGGCCGAUCUAGGAACAGCAAGACGUGAGCACAUCUCGACUGCAGAUAGCGCAAAGUUCAACAAGCUUCGUCUUGAAGACAUCGAAGCAACCCGGCUAUCGAACAAAGUCGGAUCCAGGGCCCAACGUCUGGCCCAGGCAAACAAGGAUAAACUCGCGGGAUGGACCAAUGUGCACAAGACUAUCGGAGAUACGGAAGACCUAGAGGAUCUCGACAACUUGAUGAACGGCCAGAGCCACCGUGCUCAUCUCAACGCCAGCGGCGCGGAGGCGGCGUGGUUGGAACUCGAGGCCAACGGGUCGCUCCCUACGAACUCGGUUCCCAUUCCACCUGACCGAAAGCGUGUGCAAGACCCAGCGCUAGUUCCAGAGGUCAAGAAAAAGGACCAUGAGACAAGUUCCCAGGGAACAAAAGCGUCAUCUUCAAGUGUAUCUUCUUUCCCCCAUGGCAAAAACCCUCCGGAUUUCCUCAAAAGCAGACGGCCAAUUACGGGUACGGGCGACUUCUCUAGAAGGAUCAGCCCACCAGAGAGCUUUAUGGCUGCCGCUCGACAGAUGAUGCAAAUCCAGAGCAUAGUCAGAGAACCCUCCGAGCCUAAGACGCCGCCACCUACGACGGUUUGUGAGCCGGUGCAAAGUCAGAAGGCCGUUGCAGAAAAAUCCAUGUCCAAGGCAUUGCCGACUCAGGUAACCGAUAAGAAUGGGCUGAUGCAAAAUCGGGAAGUCCAGGACGUGGAUAAAGCUCGAAUUUCCAUUGCAUUCAACAAAGAAGAUUCGGCCAAGAAAGGCACUCAGACGUCUGUUGAUGGUAACGCAUUUAUGACACAGAACAGACGCGAAGGUUCUCCUAAAGCUAAGAAUGCUCCUGAAGUCAAGGAUGCUUCUAAAGCCAAGGAUGCUUCUCAAGUCAUGGAUUCUCCCAAAGCCAUGGAUGCUCCUAAAACCAUGGAUGCUCCUAAAGUUAUGGGUGCUUCUAAAGUUAUAGAUGCUCCUAAAGCCAUGGACACUCCUAAAGCUAAAAAUCAGCCUUCGACCCCAUUGAAGAAAGCCCUGGCGCCUAGACAGGCUACUCCCACUAAGAAGGCAAGCAUUGAAACAGCCAUACUUCUGGACUUCAGUGCUACGCCACCUCGAGGGUCCUCUCUUCAAGAUGACUUGGCAAGCCCUGCACUCCAGGACCUCAAGGGACUACAAUUUCAAGAUAUGUUGUUUGAUAGAGGUACUCUAAGCUCGGGACAACGGGAACUGUGCAAUUCUAUUUUUGCACCAGCAAAGAAGUUGGGCUUCCAAGAUGCAGAGAAAGAGAAAGCUAACACGACUGACGCUCGAGGUUCAACGCCCGUCGCGCACCCAAGUCCGCAUGAUACCCACCAGCGUGACAUAGAACUACUAUGCGAACUUAUGGAAUCUGCAUCACUGUCCAUUGAGCACCGUGAAAAGCUAAAAGAAAUAGAAGCGGAACUAUGCAAAUCCCCGGGAUCUACUCCAGUGAAGCGCAAAACAAGCGCCUUGAAAGUCCCACAAACCCUUCUACCGGAAACGAAGCGAGAAACACCGGAGGAAUUGCUGGGUCCUAGGUCAUCUUCUUUGGCACAGACUCCAAUCAUGACGAGCAAGACACGCCCUACGUCAGCACCCACGAACAGCCCAAGCCCGCAAAGCCAGUGGAAUAUCAAAGCGCCGCCGUUCGUCCCACGCGAUGUCUCGAACUAUCGCUCGCCACCAGAUAGUUCCUCCAGUGAUUCUACUGGGAGUCUGAAAUCACCUCCUCAACCCGGCCAACCCACGCCUGUCGAUAUCAAUCAUAUCAUCGGCGACCACUUGCUACCUGGAAGGAGGGGAAGCCAUGGAGCUCUAAGCUCAGUCCCGAUGAAUGAGUCUACUUCUGCUGUUCCAGACAAAUCUUCAGUCAAGUUCGACAUGCCAAAGGCACCGCAGCCAACCCGUGUUCUUCCCCUGAACAACCCCUUCUCCCCCCGACCCGCCGAGAGUCUCAAAAAGCCCAUUGAGGUUUCUAUACCACAAGUCCUCCCAAAACUCACCGAGCCUUCCACUCCUCUAAGGGUGCCGAAGAACAAAGCCGUCCGCAUUACGGAUCCCAACGGCAAUGACCUAAGCGAGUCAAUCUACGCCCCUAAGUUCGUCGGAUCCAGACCAAUCGUCAGAGCUCCCAGCAACGCAGUACCGACUGGCGCCGUGAGAAUCACCAGCCCCAACAGCAACACCACAAGCCAACAGGUCCACGCUCACAAGCCCGCCGAAACCAAGCCUAAACCCACCGGCCGUCCAGCGACGAGUGGUCUGGAAGGCUCGAUAUACGCCACAUCUACAUCCCGCAGGCCUCUCCGUUAG